AUGAGUGGGUUACUGAGCGAGUUAUUGGAUGGACAGAAACCUAAAGAAAAUGUCCAACCUGAGAGUAUGCGUGUCGUCCCCGAACCAGGUAUUCCUAUGCCUGAUGAAAUAUCUGAAAACCAGUUGGUUAAAAUGCUUGAAAAUACCGAAGAAGCGCCACCCUACCGCAUCCCUUUAAGUAUCGGUGAUGCACAUUGCGAGGUGGAUAAUUCCGGGAUUCCAUGUUCGGCCUAUGAUGUAAUCAUAAAUCCUGGUUUUCUCGAAAAGAUCAAGGCUUCCGAAGUUUUCAUGGCAUUUUUAGUCACAGUGAUCAUUGAAGGUCUUGAAACAAAAUUUAAAUUAUCCAUAAAGAAAGACUGGAUUAUAUUGAAGAAUAAGAAAUGUAUGGGUACCUUACAGGAACAGUUUAUUCGAUCUAGACCCCGGCCAAUCAUCAUUGAAAUGGACGAGUCCUCUGAAGGAACGACUAGCAAUGUAUCAGAAAUCAAGAAUGCUGCCCCAAAAUCAUCUAUUCCAGAGUUUAAAAUGUCUGCUAUACCUGAUGUAGAAAAUCCUGAAGUUAUAGUAACUGAACUAAAGCUUCCUGAAUUAUCAAGUUGUAGGGGAAUUGAGCUUGACGUUGGCGCGAACUUGUUCGUUCUUCGUACUCGAAGUCAUCUCUACGAAAUGGCCGCAAAAUUAAGUCACAGAGUCGAUCAAGAAAAAACUGUUGCUGAAUUCAACUCCCGAACGAAGGUUGGUCUACUUAUUAGUUAUCAGUAG